CCCCCACCCCAUCCCACUCCAGGCCGGGGGAAGGUGUCUGGGGCCAAUCCGGACCCGGCCGCGGGGACUCCGGGCCGGGGAGGGGGCGGUGGCUUUCCCACCGCCGCAGCCCUGGGCUUUGCGAAUUAACCCUUCCGACCGCAAGCAGCUUUUAGCGCGGCUCCCCCAACCCUCGCCGAGUUUGGGGAGUUCACUCUGGACUCCCAGGCCUGUCGCCCCCACUUCCCAGACCCCCGUUCCGCCACGAUCCUGCGCCUGUCGCCCCCUUCCCGUCACCUUAGCGACGACAGGAUGGGGGCGCGACCUAUGAGGAAGGGCUUAGGGGAGGGGGCGCUACUAGUCUCCACCUGCGGCGGGGAAGUGGAUUUUAGUUUUACGCGUUGUCGUGGCAACGCGGGAGGGGGUGAUGAGUGGGCGGAGGAGGGGGGAGCGCAGAACAGAAACUGGCUCAGGCUCCGCCGCCCCAUUGGAGCGAACCAGCCCCCACCCCGCCCUGGGGAGCCUCCCGGAGGCCCCCGGGAGCCAGGAGCAGGCCCCAGCAGUGGCGGGACAGCCCUGAUCCCGCCAGCGGCAGCUCCUGACUCCCACGGAGCUCCCCGGCGCUCUCUGACUCCACCCAAGAAAAGCCCUGACCCCUGAAAGGACUCCUGGCUGCCCCUGGGAAAAGCCACCCACUCCCUCCCGGAGCGCUCGGGCUUUCCUUCCUAGAAACCGUGCCCCACUGGCUUAACCCCCAGCCUCCCGGACCCUCUCCAACACCACCUGGGUAAUCCCAGAAACAGUCCUGGGGCUCCCUCCCCCAUAACCACCCAUGGCCCUACACAGAGGCAUUUCUGGCCACCCCAGAGCUAGGCUCCCAGGGCCCAGCGCUGACCCCGAGGGAACCCCUGGCUCAGUCCAACCCCACUCGCCUCCAUUCAGGGUUUCACUGACCCUGCAGAACCAAACCUCCAGCGCCGUCCAGGUCCCAGGGUCUGGGGGUCAGUUCUGCUCUCCCCGAGCCUGGUGAUCCCACCCUGCCGGGAAGAGGCCCGAGGAUGCCCGGACCUCCGGCACUGUCCAGGCUCCUCCCCAGGCAGUGGCCACUGGGCUGGCCAGAGUGGGCAGUGGAGGGUCUCCUGGGGCUGGGGCAGGAUGGGAGGGCCCGGGAGGGGGAGAGCAGGAUGGGCGGCCCACACCCGCUUAUCUGCAGGAAGCACCUUGGAUGCAUGAGGAUUGGAUUUCCUGCAGCCAGGCCCUGGGCGGAGGAAGCAAGAGCCUCCUGCCCCUCUUCUGUCUCCACAGUCUUCCUGCCGGGUCUCUCUCCCCUUCCCCGGCGCCUGCGCCCCCACCUCCCUACGCACCCCUGCAGCCACCUCCCUGGCCCACCGCUGCCCCGGGGCCGCCUCACCCAACCCUCCCUCAGCCCUGGCCCACCCUGGUGGAACCACAAGAACCUGGACCUGCCUUCAGCCCCAGCUCUCUGCUUUUCACCCACUGUGGCCGGCUGCCCACCAGCCCCCAGCCUCCCCUGCUGUCCAGGGGAAACCCGGUGCCCCCACUCUAGUCCAGGUCGAGGCCCUUGGACUUUCUGGAGGAAACCUCAGUUCUCUGCCUGUUGGCUCAGCACGCUCACGGUCUCCAGCUCAGCUGGGCCUCACACUGCCCAGGUGACACAAGAGCCCCUGCUUAGCUCAGACACCCCACAAAUGAGAUCUGUCCCCUCAGCAGACCCGCCUGACCCUCCCUCCCAGGCAGGCCACCUGCUGCCUCACGGGAGCCCCCUCCCCGCCAGGCCCCGCCACCCCUGCUCUCCUGUUUCUGUCCCCUCUGGUGAGAGUGAGCAGGAGCCCACGGCCCCUCCGCCUUUCUCUCCUUCCUUCCCAUCAGGGAGCUUCCUCACCCACAUUCUCCACCACACCCCCACACGCAGACACCAACAGGCUCCUAGCAUCUGGGGGGCCUCAGUGGGCAGAGUUCCCAGAACAGAGCCUGGCUGGGAUGGGGCCAACGGCACCCCUGGACAGACACCUGCCCCUUCCCUUGCUGCCGCGGCUCCUCCUCCCCUCUCUGCCCCUGUACAGCCCCCCCACCACCUCCCCAUCAGCAGUCCUACACCCUGACCCCAUGCACCGCCCCCUGCCAGGGUCCUGGCUCGGCUGCCCACUUCACCUGCUGCUCCCUGGAUUACUGCACGUGUGCUCGGAGCUGGCCCUCACCACCCCACCCUCGGCACCUCCUCUCCCGCUCGCUGGGUCCACUGUCCUCCCAGCCUGGCCUGGCUCCUCCCGUAGGCGUCACUGCCCUGGAACUACCCUACAGGAAAAGCGUUUUUCCUCCAAGGGUGGGGUCCAGAUGGAAAUUCCAUCUUCUUACAUCAUCAACAUGUGGAUCGGCCAGCAUCCCUCAGAACAGGCUGUGCCAAAGUCCCAAUGCCCUGCACCCCUGAACGCAGCAAAUGUCAUCAGGCUAAGACGAAGAAGACUGGGGCAUGGCUGGUGCCCGUGCAGAAGAGAAGACAGACCGGAGGCAGAGACUGGGCCACCUGGAGGCUGGAAGGGGCAGGAAGGAGCAUCCCCUUGAGGCUUCGCUGCAGACUUCUGGCUCCUGAAUGAGGAGAGUAGACUUAUGCUGACAGGAGCCCCCCAGAGGAGGUGCUUGUUGUGGGAGCCCCAGGAGAUGAAUACAGCCGCCAUCCCACUUGCUCACUGAGAGUUAGAGCACUUGCACAUCAUUCUCAGUGCACUGGUGUAUCAGCCCACUCAGUCGUCCAUGAGCAAGCCACUGUCACUGUCCUUGGCUCAGAAGCAGGAAACCAGACCGUGAGCCUGUCAGAGGCCUGUGACCCCGGUAGAGCCACAAGAACUUUCCCUGGGAGUUUGCCACUUGUCACUGAGAGAGCCCACUCCUCUCCACCCUGGGGUCACCGCGGAGAGCUACGGGAGCCUUUAGAAGGCAGCCGCACCCAGGGAGACUUGGGAUGGAGACAGGAAGGUCUGAAACUGAGUCCCAAAUUUUACUCCCUGAAAUCCUAUAGCCCUUGUGCUUUUCUUGCAGUUCGGUUGCAGGAGUCUGUGAACUUCACUCCUUCUGGGCGAAAAGUUCGCAGUGUGCAGUGGGAAGGUGGCCUCGAUUGGAACCCAGCUUGGCCACCAAGUACCCAGGGGCCUGGGAAACUUUCCUAACUCCCUGCAUCUCCCAUCCACUCUGGUAAACAGGGGGCGAGAGUGGUACUUGUUCCCUUCCCCACUCAUCCUGUUGUUUUCCUUGAGUGCUGCUGGGUACAAGGCGAGACGCCUCCUCCAAGGACUCACCACUUGGCUCAGAGAGGCCAGGUGAGGCCAGCGAAAGGAGAGCAUCCAGCGGCACCCGGCACAGCAGUAUACUCGGCGCAGUGUGGAGGGACGGCUGGCCGUUGUCGCUACUCUCAGGGUGUUAGAUUUCAAAUAUUAUUUUAACAUUGGAAUGUGAAAUUAAAGGUGCCCCAGUGCUGCCAAUCAACAAACAAUUUCAAGUUAAGCUUUCAGCGUGGCCACCUCCACGCGCCUCAGGCCGCCUGUCCUUAAACCCCACACCCAUCUGAAGAUAUUUUUCCGCUAGUGUUUCUAGCCUUCACUGGGAUUGUGGGUCUUCAGAAGUCCUGGCUUUCUGUGCUGGUCCCACUUCCAACUUCUCAGGUGGCGCGGGCCCAAGUCCUCACCUUUGCCUCCUGUGCUGCCGUUGAAACCUAAACUAAGGCUUUGCGUUCCUGGUGAUGAAAAAUGCCCCACACUUCACCCUUGCUUACCGUGCUGGUUUCAGUUUCCUCGUCAUUCUGGGCUAUCCCUUGCUUUCUUUCCAGCUCAACAACGCAUUUAAAAGAAUGUUUAUUAUAUCUUAGUCUGCAUUUCCAGGUGUUUUGCCGUGGAGGAGGAGGUUAGAAUAUAUUGUAGGAAAUCUGUUUUCCUUUCUAGUGCACUUACGUGCUUAGUGAUUGAUUGCUGGACAGAUCAUGAGUGAAAGCCUAAAUGAACAGAAGGACGUUCUGCGUUUUAAAACAUUUACUCCACCGACAUCCACGUCUAGGGGUGGAGGGGAUCAAGCUGGUUCUCCCGGCCACCCCUCCUGCCAUUCGCUGAGGACUGUGGUGUCUGGGUAUCAGGCUGCCCCGUCACCCGUGUCCCAGCCGCGCUCGUGUCCUUCCGAGUGACCCCUCAACCAGGGCCUAUCAGGUGUUCGACUGUCCUGUCUUACCAGCUGUGAAAGCCGUGGUUCAGGCACAGAUUAUAGACAUGCUUGUGGCUAGUUUGAGCAGAAAGAUUUAAUAAAAGGACUUGGUACCUACAAAAUCAUUGGAAGGACUGGAAGAGAAGGGUUAGUCUGAGCUUCUGGAAGUACAUCCCUGCCCCAUCACCACACAGAACUGGUCUCGGCCAAGGCAGGACACUGAGGAAUCGGAAAGCUGAUGCCCCAACGGCUGACCCACACCCCAGCAAGUUCCACAUUUCCCAGCCCCUUCUGCACCCCGGUGGGGCCACGUCACCCACGAAGUUCUGGAAUCGGUCUGGGUGGGAAUGAUGUGUGCCUCCACUAGGCCUGGCUGCAAAACCCUCCUGCAUGCCCUCUCUCCACUGUCCUGAUGGCCGGAUGUGGCGUCCAGAUGACAAGCCCGCAUGUUGACGACCACAGCUUCCCUUAGCCUGGGUCCCUGCACAACCACGUGGAGCAGGGAGCCCCAGCCCCAACCAUGUUGCACACUAGACUUUUUGUGAGCAAAAAAUAAACACCUAUUGUAUCAAGCCACUGAGGUUUGGGGUUUUAUCUGUCAGAGGAGCUGGUGUCUCCUUAAAUGAUAACAGGAGUGGGAGCCCCUGGAGCCUCAGUUGGGGUUUCCUCCACAAGACUGUGACCCACUGGCUGGUCGCUCAUACAUCUCUUCAAGUGAUAUGCUCAAGAGUUGGAGAUUUAACCCAGGACAGACUCACAUGCCCACUGGGUUACUAUGAGGUGGGCUGUGGCCCCAAAUGCAUUUCUCACUUGACCUCGAAAGCCCUACUCUGACCUUUGCACUAUGAGGGCAUCAGAGUGCCCAGCACGUGUCCCCUGCCAGUGGCCACACCUCCCCAGGGGAAGGCUGGGGAAGACGUGUGGGACAGACCUGGGCGUUUCCUUCAGGCGGACAGCUCAGGAACUUGACCUGGAGCUGCAGCUUAAGCCUGGACACUUUCACUCCUCUGUGCCGCCGUCCCAGGGACCCAGCCGUGAGCCACAGAUCUCAGCCCACACCACUCACCUCCUCCCAUGUGGCCACCCAGCAUCUCUUCACCCAUCGGAAGCCUCCUCGGAGCUGCUCCCCUCAACCCCUUUGCAUCUGGUGGACUUCACAUCGCAUUAGACUUUCUCGGGGCAGGGGUGGAUGCUGAGGGGGUUGGGCCCAGUGCAUUCAGUGAGCCCCUGGCUCCCUCGGUCUUUGGAUGCCAGUUACUUCCUUAAACCAAGGAAUCUCUAGCCUCUCACUUCGUCCGCGUGGAUGUGAGCUUUGAUCACCAGAGCAAGCAGACGGCAGGGCCCUGGACGUCACCAGCUCUUGGACCCAGAGUCUCUGGUCAUCGAGCCAACCCAAGAAGAUUCAGAAUGACCUUCCUCCAAAGUCCAUUCCCACACAUCGCAGGACUUUGCUGAAGGAGAUUUGCAAAGGGGUGCAAUUAUUUUGGGCUCUGCGUCUUCUUUUCCUGUGUGACUUUUUAAUGGCCUUCCCCUGCCCCACCCUAGGAGGCUGGACUCGAAUCGCCCUGGAAUCCCACCAAAGCCGGCUGCACCGGGGAUGCCACCCCUUGCACUGCUGCUGCAGCUGCUCCUGGAGCUGCUCGGACGUCCACCUCUGCCGCCUUCCGUCCCACCAUAGUGCCCCCUCCUGACCGCUCCUCUCACCCAGCCAGAGUGGUCACACGCACCCCCUGUGCUCCGUGGGGGACCCCGGCAAAGGGCUUGUCACUUCUGACACCAGCUAGUCACUCUGUCAUUUGUUUUCACCCCAACUUUCCCCCUUUGGAAGGGACGUUAGGGUCGGCCACUGUGCCAGCUGAGAUGGCUGGAAGCAGAGCUGGUCCAGCAGGGGCCUGCCCUCGGCCCCUCCCAUUUGUGUAGGGUGGGGGUCCCCAGGCACAGGGCUAGUGGGGGCCUUGACCACCAGGAAGUGUGGCUGCAUUCACUGUCAACCCCUGUCUUGCCAGAUGAAGAGAAGACAAAAUCCCCCCUAAGAAUCCUAAUAACAAGGAUGAAAAACAGAGUUAGGGUUUCUUGCUUAGGAGCCAUCCCUGCUCCCAGGGCCCUGCAACAGGUGGCAAAAGGCCAGUUGCAGUGACUUGGGGAAGAACUCACAGUCGUACCCGCGGAGACAUCCCUUCACUCCCCGUCCUGGUGUCCCGCUGCUCUGACAAACACCACCCGAUGGGUUGACUUUGACAAUGGGAAUGUUGCUCUCACGGUCCGGAGGCAACCGAGGCAAGGCCGUGCUUCUCCCAGGCAGUGCAGUGUUCUGGUGCUGGCUUUCCACAACCCUUGGGAUUCCUUGGCUUGCAUCCUGCCUCCGUCACAUGGUGAUGCGACCUCAGCAAACAGCCAAGCUCAUCACUGUAGUAUAAUGAAAAACUUGGCUGGUGUUUGUCCCCAGCUCCUGGCAAAUGUUUGGAAUCUCCUGUGGUAGGAGCAUCUUGUGCUGUUUGUGGUGGGCCCAGGACCACCUAAGAGUUACAGGAUGGGGCCAGCCACACCUGCAGCCUCAGGGGGGGUAGACUCCACCAGAAAGACCAACAGGUGAUUAGGGGGUCAGGGCUUUGAGCCCCUCCACGUCGGCCCACCUCCUGGGCUUCUGGGAGGGCGGGGGCUGAAGACUGAGCUCAACCCCGUGGAAUCGGCUCCACCAAUCACGCCUGGUGAGACCCCUGCAGAGUCGGGCCCUGAAGCUCUGAUGCACUUGGCUGAUUGGUAAGACACAUCUCUGUGCUGGAAGUGGCGUAUUCGGGCCCAUGUGGAGAGGACCUGGAGGCACCUGAGACCCUCCGGCCUCUGUUGACUUCUGAUUUGUACCUUUUUCUGCUAUAAUAAAACUAUAGCCAUAAGUAUAGCAUUUUCCUGAGUUCCAUGAGUUCUAGAGAAUUAUCAAACCCAAGGGGCUUGUGGGAACACCCAAAUUUAUACCAGUUGGUCAGAAGUGUGGGAGGCCCUGGGGACCCCCAAAUGUGACUGGUGCCUGAAGGAGUGUCUUGCAGAGCGUGGGGCAGAACCUGUAGGGUCUGAGCUGACUCUGGGUAUGGUGGGAACAGAGCUGACCAGAGAUACUGCAGCCCUGACAGUUGCUGAUUGAACUCUGAUAACCAUGUACAGUCGCUUACAAGCACUACCUUCCAUCCAACACCAGAACAAAGUCCACCAAGUUCUCUGCCACUUUAUAACAAGGAUCACCUUCCCCCAGGUUCCCAUAACCCAGUGGAAGCCCUCACUGGAAGUACCUUUAACACCCACAUUCUCACCAGAACGGACUCUAAUCGCCACAUCUCUACUGACAGUCUGUUCAAACCAAUCCAGGCUUUUCCUUCAAGUACCUCAGAAUUCUUCCUGCCUGAACCCAUUACCAGUUCCACGGCCACGUCCACCUUUUUAGUGUAACAGCAGCACCUCACUGUCUGUGCCCCUUGGACCUGAGCCUUCACCAGGUCAUUCCCCAGGGCAAGCUCUCAGCUCCUGUCUCCGUGGCCGCGGCCAGAAUCAGUGGCUGGGCCACUGGACCUCUCGCGUUGCCAAAAUGGCACAGCCCCUCACACUGAGUGUGAGCACACCUCGUGAGGAAGCCGUGUAAGCCAGCCCCUCCUGCCUUCCCCCGGUUUGGACACCAAUGUUUCAGUUGUCCUUUCCAAUUCUCUACCAAACCAUCGCUCCGAGGAUGAAAGUACGCUCCUUACUCUGAAGGACUGUGAUGCAGCUGUCCAAACUGGCGCAGUACCGUCUGUUCCAGCUCUUUCACGGCAUUUAGAGCAUUUGCCUCCACCGUAAGAUCAGUAAAGCCCAGUUCAGAGCAGGUCUCUGUUCCCAUCAGGACCCGUUUGAAGCCUUCUCUGGCUACCAGUCUCACCAGCUCGCCAGCUCUGCAGGACCUUCCCCUGGGGACCCUGCCCUGAGCCAUCUGCAGGCCCCGUCUCUAGACACAGCCGGAACCAUUCCUAUUGGCAUUUAGGGUCUUGGAGGGUGCAAGAGGAGUAAGUCCAGAUGCAUCAGCCCACCUCUGCACUGUGCAGCUCCCCACUGUCCACUCAUUUCAUGGACCCAGGUGGCCUCUCCAGUGGGAGCUCUUCUCGCUGACUCCAGCAUCGUCCAGUCCUGGAAGCGUCCUUUCUGGUGGGCAUCGACCUCUCCUACUUUCAUGCACCCCUCAGAUUCCCAGAGUGAUCUCCUUAGGGCUGCGCCCCUAACAGGCCGUCCCAGUUUCCCGGCUGUUAGGACAAGGAGCACACACAGGAGUUUACUGUCUCUGGACUUCAGAAGCUAGAGCCCAAACCCAAGGCAUCGGCAGGACCUCGCUUUCUCCCCGUGGUCUGUGGAGUGCUGGCGCUGGCUUGCAUCUCUGUCACACAGCCCCUCUCUCCUCGUGUCUGCUCUCCUGGUUUCCAGUGGCUUCUGGCUUCUUCCUGUGUGUCCUAGUUCCUUCUGUCUAUAAAGGACUCUGGUAAUACGGAUUAAAGCCCACCCUGACCCAGCUGGGCCACACCUCAAUUAAAACAACUUCUUCAAAAGAUCCUAUUUUCAAUGGGCUCACAUCCACAGGAAUGCAGAUUACAAUGAAGAGCAUGCGCUGGUCGGAGCUGACACUUCAACCUGCCACUCGGGAGCCCCUUUCCUGGGCCAGACUCCGCUGCCCUCUGCCCGACGGCCACGCCAUGGCCACCACUUGUGAGUCAGAAAGAUCCCAAACAAACAGGCUCCUGCCGAGCUGCUUCGCUUCUGCCUUCUUCUGCCUGAGUGGCAGCCUUCCAAACAGGAUGCCGUCCAUUUUCCUUGGCGCUGCCAUCUAUAACCCAAGCAGCUCUUGGCUGGUCAACAGAGAGCUGUUCACGGGGCACCGCUCGAAUGGAAAUAG